AGCCCAUAUAUAAAAAUGCUUCGUUUUCAUUUCCUUCCUUUUUUUGGCUGCUGUAAUAAUGUCUAUAUGCCGAUUCGGCUAUUCUCCUGUGAACCAUAUUUGUUCUUUCCCGAAAUACCCUCACAAACUCGUUAAAUUCCCUUCGCUGCCACUUUCUGCACUCUCGCGUUCUUCGUCAUCAACGAUGGAAGCUCCUCCAGAAGGUUAUCGCAGAAACGUUGGAAUCUGUCUCAUCAAUACUCACAAAAAGGUUUUCGCGGCUUCAAGAUUGGAUAUUCCAAAUUCAUGGCAAAUGCCUCAGGGUGGUAUUGAUGAAGGUGAGGAUCCUAGAAGUGCUGCUAUUAGAGAACUAAGAGAAGAAACUGGAGUUAGUUCAGCAGAAGUCAUUGCUGAGGCACCUUUCUGGUUAACUUAUGACUUCCCACCAAAAGUCAGGGAGAGAUUAAAUAUUCAGUGGGGAACUGAUUGGAAGGGGCAGGCACAAAAAUGGUUUCUUUUUAAGUUCACUGGGCAAGAUCAAGAAAUCAAUCUUUUGGGUGAUGGUACCGAGAAACCUGAGUUUGGGGAAUGGUCAUGGAUAUCACCAGAACAAGUAAUUGACCUUGCAGUGGAUUUCAAGAAGCCUGUCUACAAGGAAGUCCUUGCAGCGUUUGCUCCACAUCUGCAAUAAUCUCAUCUCUGUUAAAAAUAUCAUGGCAUCCAAGUCAGAGUUGUCGUGGAUCUGCGGGUUGAUUUAAAAUAAUGUGUCACAAUCACAUAUUACUACCGAGACAUAUAUUCUCUUUUUCUCCUCUUGGCCACAUGGACAGGCAGAGAAGGAGGAUAUUUACUGUAUUUAUAUAGUGUAUAAGAAAUAUUUGUGAUAACUUAACCUACAAAUCCUAAGUUCCUUUGGGGACACAAAUGAUCUUGAUCAUUUUUUUACAGGAGACUUUCUUUGUAUACAGAUGUUUUGGGAGAUAUUUAUAAGUGGUGCUGAACAACUUUGUUUUCAA